GGGGGUGGCCGUAAUUUACCCAGUAUUUUGCAUAUCUAUGUGUGAAUAGUUUGCCUGUCUUGUUCAUGUGGUGGAUGAAAAUGAGGGGGGGGAAAUAGUUAUGUUUCUAAUUUUCUGUCCUAUUCAGCCAACAACAUCUUUAAUUAUUGUAAAAGAUUCUGACAGAUUUUCAUAGUCAAGAGAGAUAGAAAGCCAAAGAACAAAUCUAUUUCUUCUAGUUGUUCACUUUGGGGAUCUAAUGAGAGAGUUGGAGUUAAUUUUGUCACUUCUUUUCUUCUGGAUAACUAAUGCUGGUUCUUCUUUCAGUCUUCUUUCUCCGAAAGGUGUCAACUUUGAAGUUGCAGCUCUAAUGUCUGUGAAAAGAGAAAUGAGAGAUGAAAAGCAUGUUCUUGAUGGAUGGGAUAUCAAUUCAGUCGACCCGUGUACUUGGAACAUGGUUGGCUGCUCGCCCGAGGGCUUUGUUGUUUCUUUAGAAAUGGCUAGUGUGGGAUUAUCGGGCACACUUUCACCGAGUAUUGGAAAUUUAACUCAUCUACGGACAAUGUUAUUACAGAACAAUAAGUUAUCUGGAAAUAUUCCCACCGAAAUCGGAAAGCUUUCUGAAUUACAAACACUUGAUCUUUCCGGAAAUCAGUUCAGUGGCGAAAUUCCAAGCUCUCUGGGUCGUCUUACUCGUCUUAGUUACUUAAGGCUUAGCAAAAACAAGUUGUCUGGACAAAUUCCGAAAGAUGUCGCCGAUCUUUCCAGUCUUUCCGUCUUGGACUUAUCAUUCAAUAAUCUAAGCGGCCCGAUUCCUAAGAUACUUGCUAAAGAUUACAGUGUUGCAGGGAACAUAUUUCUCUGUUCUUCACCGUCGGAAAUUUGUACGACUGCUCCCAUAUCAGUUAAUGAAACAAGUUCGUACGCAAAAGUCACCCGUAAUCAUCAUAAUCAUCACUUACUGGUUGCUGUUACAGUCGGUGUCGGUUCCAUAUUCGUCGUUUCUAUCUUACUUCUCUUGUCUUGGGUGUAUUGGCGCAGAUCUCAAGUUCUUUGUAAAUCACACGUUCAACAAGAUUACGAGUUCAAUAUCGGAAACUUGAAAAGGUUCUCAUUACGCGAGUUACAAACAGCAACAAGCAACUUCAACCCUAAAAACAUAAUCGGACAAGGUGGAUUCGGAGUUGUUUACAAAGGCGUUCUUCCAAAUAAGACAAUGAUAGCAGUAAAAAGACUAAAAGACCCUAGUGUCACUGGUGAAGUACAGUUUCAGACAGAAGUCGAAAUGAUAGGCCUAGCUUUGCACCGGAACCUUCUACAAUUGUACGGCUUCUGCAUGACUCCCAAGGAGAAAUUACUUGUUUACCCUCAUAUGCCUAAUGGCAGCGUUGCAGACCGUUUGAGAGAUUCCGGUCAAGAAAACCCGUCUUUGGAUUGGAGCAAGAGAAUGCGUAUAGCUAUAGGAGCAUCACGCGGGCUUGUGUAUUUGCAUGAGCAGUGUAACCCUAAAAUAAUACACAGGGAUGUGAAAGCUGCAAAUAUAUUGCUCGACGAAAGUUUCGAAGCGGUUGUGGGAGAUUUCGGGCUAGCGAAGCUUCUAGAUCCUAGGGUUUCGCAUGUUACGACUGCUGUACGUGGUACUGUGGGCCAUAUCGCACCGGAAUAUCUCUCGACCGGACAAUCUUCGGAGAAAACCGAUGUCUUUGGAUUUGGUAUACUGCUUUUGGAACUCAUAACUGGGCAGAAAGCGUUGGAUGCUGCUAAUGGACAGGUUCAGAAAGGAAUGAUUCUUGAUUGGGUUAGGAAUCUGCAUGGCGAGAAGCGAUUGGAUGAGCUUGUGGAUAAGAAUCUGAAGGGAUGUUUUAAUUCGGAUGAAUUAGAAAAAGCUGUUGAGCUGGCGAUAAGAUGUACUCAAUCGAGCCCAGAUCUACGGCCGAGAAUGUCUGAAGCAUUGAAGAUCUUGGAAGGAAUCAACGGUCAGAUUGAGCAUACGGAGUCGCAAGGUGGGGUGGAUCUUUGUCAGGGUCGAACAUUUAGUUUCUCGUGGAAUUUUAGCGACGCUCGUGAGGAAUCUUCUGUUGUUAUUGAGGCAAUCGAACUUUCGGGACCGAGAUAAUUUAAGUGUGUAUAAAUUAUAAUCUAUAGUUUCAGUUCAGUUGUGGAACUUCAAAAUAGGGAAACCUCAUCUUCAAGUGUAAAUAAUACAUUUGUAGUAAUUUCUGCAGACACAGGCCAAAACAUGUCAUUCCUUAAUUAUAAAUAAUGUAAUUUAAAUAUUUAGAAUAUUCAAUUCAAAGGAUUUUCUAUUA